AUGGCUCAAAUGAUCCACGCAGCUCCUGUGGAAGUCACUUACAAGAACAUGAGAUUUCUUAUUACACACAAUCCAACAAAUGUGACCUUAAACAAAUUUAUAGAGGACCUUAAGAAGCAUGGAAUUACCACAAUAGUAAGAGUAUGUGAAGCAACUUAUGACACUACUCUCGUGGAGAAAGAAGGCAUCCAUGUUCUCGACUGGCCUUUUGAUGAUGGCACACCACCAUCUAACCAGAUUGUUGAUGAUUGGUUAAGUCUUGUGAAAAUUAAGUUCCGUGAAGACCCUGGUUGUUGUAUUGCCGUUCAUUGUGUUGCAGGCCUUGGGAGAGCUCCAGUGCUUGUUGCCCUAGCAUUAAUUGAAGGUGGAAUGAAAUGUGAAGAUGCAGUACAGUUGAUAAGACAAAAGCGGCUUGGAGCUUUGAAGAGCAACAAGCAACUUUUGUAUUUGGAGAAGUAUCGUCCUAAAAUGUGGCUGUGCUUCAAAGACUCCAGUGGUCAUAGAAACAACUGUUGCCUUCAGUAA